UAGGUUUUAUUUAUAGAACUUUUUGUGUCCCCCACCAUUCCAUCAUAAAUUUAUAGGGUCAUUCAUUUUUUGGCAAGCAUCAUCAUCAUCAUCGCAAAGUCCGCCCACGCCCGUUUAAAUUUACAACCCACCACCAAGAAAAAUUUGCCAAUCCCAGUGUGCAUUGGCAAAUUUACUACACGUUACCUCAUAGAUUAAUACCCCACGGUAAUUGCACGUACCAGACAACCAGCCCCAAGAUUUAUUCUUAUUUACGCUCUCCUUUCUCCCUCCCUCCCCUUUUAGGGCAAAAUUUUCAGAUUUGGCUGUAUUUUAUGAAUCGUCAUUCGCCCCAGAUCUCAAAACACACGAUACAAGUAUACAAUGAAUUCAGAUAAUAUAUACCAUCCAAUAUCACCCCUGGCGAAGCGCCAUCCCAAGGAUCUUCAAAUCAAGGUCCCCUCCAAUGGGAAAUUAGGAGAGCCAUUCACAAGCACCCCCAGUCCCGCAAGCACUAGCAGCGUAAGUUCGCGCUUUGAAACAAUCACCCAUUUGCCCACUCCCAUCAUCAACACCAACUCAUUUAUAAACUAUGACACCACCACAGACUCCUUGCGGGAGACAUUUAGUCAGCCGCGAAUGAUUUCCCCACCUAGAAUCGUCAGUGAUUAUAAAUUAUCUAGACACCAUAGCUUGAACGAAAAGGGACGAAGAUUUGUCAGUAACCCAGAGAGGGCAAAUACCGAGUCGCCAAUCACCCCCACAACCUCGCCCACCUCGCCAUCCAGCUCCAAAUGGUAUAGUCAAAGGUUUGUGGCUCCGCAUCUAGGCAUUGAGUUUGAAUUUGUCGACGAAUUGGGUGUGGGAAACUUCAGUAAUGUUAUAUUAGCCGAAGGCGAGGGGAAGCUCGUAGCCAUCAAGAUAAUAAGCAUCCCCGCCGACUCCAAAAAACACGUCUCCAACUUCAAGUCGUUUGUAUCACGAGAAUUAAACGUAUUAUACCACGUAAGUUACCACCCCUGCAUCACCAGUCUUGUCGACUACGACAUAACCCUCGAUAUAAGCAACGACGACGUUUGCAACUUCCCUAAGGACGAAAAAGAAAUGACUGUGUCUGACCAGGAAUAUGAAAACGUACAAGUACACAACCAACAGCUAAUAUUCCUAAACUAUUGUCCUGGUGGCAAUUUACUCCACUUUUUGUUAUCACACAAACAAGCAAAUUAUUUACAUGAUUUACAAUACUGGCAUUUGAUUAAACGAAUAGUGUGUGAGGUCAUCCUCACGGUUGCAUUCCUCCAUAACAAGAAUAUAAUCCACCGCGAUAUAAAGCUAGAAAAUAUCCUUUUGCUCCAUGACAGCAUUGACCAGUUGACCGACACCAACCCAAUUGUCAACAUUUCCGAUUUCGGAUUAAGUAAGCGAUUACAACACCCUGAUCAAUUGCUUGACACGCGAUGUGGGUCACAAGACUAUAUAUCGCCAGAGGUGCUCUUGGGAGCAAAGUACAAUGGGAAACUAAGUGACAGCUGGUCAAUUGGUGUUUUGAUUUUUUCGAUUCUCGAAAACAGAUUACCGUUUGACUUGCCCCCAACGACACAAUCGCCUGGUGUGUCACCUUCAGUACUCAAACGUAAACGUUCCAAGAACAGUGUGGCGCAUAGAAUAGCGACGAUAGAUUGGGAUUGGCAUAGGGUGAACACUUAUUUGACCAAUACCGAUGACUUAGCAAUGGAAAUCAAAAAGAUCAUCACGCAAUUGAAGCUGAUUGUGGACUUGCUUUUGGUGAGAAAGGAUAAACGAAUUGAUGUUGUUGAAUUAAUUGCUAAGCCAGAAUAUGCAUGGAUUAGACAUGGUGUUCCUGAUGACGUUGUUGAAUUUAGCAAAUAGAUUAAUACAAUUGUAUAGAAUAAUGAUAAUGAUGUAAUUUU